AUGUAUAACGCAUGCACCUGUUUCAAGCCGCCUGCUCAUGUUCCCAGAAUAAUUAAUUCUUCGUCAUUCCCUCGAGAGUACCACCAACACAGCAGAGUCUGCCUGCCCGAACAGCCGAGCCCCUUUCAGUCGAUCGCGACAGUCUCGCCUAUAGGGCUACCCCGGCCGACGGCGAAGGUUGGGUCGUUCCCUCUUCCACUUCGGAGAGCGUCGCUUCGGAUACCCUCGAACUCAGUCGACACUAGAUACAAGAGUUGGAUCAACCGAGAGAGUCGAGGAGGUCUUGUCGCCACUUUAUGUUUGGGACGUCAAAGGUGUGGAAGACGAAUUCGCUUCCAAAUCAGAUGA